AUGGAAGGAUUUCAAAGUCAAGAGUCUGACCUGCAAAUGGUCAUCGGUUUAGCAAGACAUAUGAAUGACGGACGUGCUAAAAGGACAAAAUCAAAAUCUAGUGCGACAUAUUUGGCUAUACAAGAAAGCUACAAAGAAAAACUGCAAAAAUAUAAAGAUUCAAGAAUGCUAAGAUAUCAAGAAAUGCAACUACCUCACAGGCAGGUAUGCGACAUGAUCGCUAUGUACCUCGGCCUUGAACCCAAUGAAGUAUUAGAAUUUGUAAUUGAUCACGCUAGACAAGUAGACUUUUUAAAUAGUUUUCUCACCAAAGGUGGCAUUAAAUGUAUUCUCUACUAUUAUCAAAAGGGCACAAUAUAUGAUAUGAACAAUUAUUUUUUAAAAAGUGGUCGAGGAACGCCACCUGCAGGUGUUAGCUCUAUAGAUUUCUAUCGCUUGUUCGUAACAGAUGGCGAAUUUGUAGGCGCCAAAGGAAAAGAAGUAUUUUACGUUCAAUUUGAUACGAAUUUUGGAGAGAUUAGUUUUGCCGCAUUGGCAUAUGACAUAUUGGCGGAAUUGAUAAAACCGUUAUUGUUAUUGUGGAAAGAUUGGGGUGAUUUACCUAAAACUGAAAUAGGUCGAAUGCAGAAACUUAAUUUUAAUGGCGAUUUCGAGGCUUUCAUCACGUACCUCGAUAGGAUAAAAGAAGAUUUGAGUGGAAUCGUAACUUUCAAUUAUGAUCCCGAAGUGUUGGAAUCGAUCGAUUGUGAAGAAAAACGGGAGAAGGCGUAUUUCGAUAAACAGCUUAUCGCCCAAACGGAACUUACGGUCAGAAUUUGGUCGAAGUUGAUAGAAAAAUGCCUCGUUCAGUUUAGACAAUUAAGAAGAGAAAACGAAUUUGUUGGUCCCGUUGUUGAAAUCGAGUACUGGAGAAGGCAAUUGACGCGAUUUACUUCCGUGACGGAAUUUUUGGAAACCGAAGAGUGUCAAACUUUUAUAGAGUUUAUUGAAUUCAUCAACAACGUACAAGUGCUGAAGAUUUGGAGAAAACACGUAGCGGCUGUAUACGAAACCCGAAACGAAGGUUCGGAUAACGUAAAAUACCUUUAUUCGAUGGAAAAAUAUUGGGAGCCUCUAUAUAGAUUAGAUCCGGAUGAUUUACAACAAUACAUACCGCCGCUUCUGAACGCCAUCAGAAUGGUAUUUACUACAUCAAAAUUUUAUAACAGCACCGGAAAUGUCACCGCGAUUCUAGUGAAAAUAUCCAAUCAGUUGAUCAAAAGGUGUCGGCUUUAUUUGAAUUGCAACGAAACGAAAACGGUGUGGAACCAACCGAAGGAAGUGGUUUUGAAUAAAAUUAAGAUCUGCUUGGAUUUAUAUUUGCGAUAUUUCCAAUGUUUCAAACACACCGAAAAAGUAAUGGAAGAGAACAAUGAAAAACCAUUCGAAUGUUCGGAAAUGUACAUUUUCGGAAAAUUCGAGUCUUUCAAAAAACGUAUGGAACAAAUUGUGUUCGUAUUGAAAACAACUAUCAAAUAUUCAAUUUUGCAAAGUAGCACCAUCGAAGGUAUCAAUGAAUUUGCAAAUAGAUUUAUAGAUUUUCAUCGGAAAAUAUCAACUCAAAAAUACGAUGCGCUCAAUCAUCGCCUACCGUAUUUCGAAAACGAUUAUAAAGAAUUCAGACAGAACGUUGUCGAUACAGAAUGGGACAUGGAAGAAUUCGUCGGAGCUUCUUUAGCUAAAAUGACUGACGUCGAUAAUGUCCUCAGAUUAUUAAGCAGAUUCGAGAAAUUAAAUUUGGAGUGUCUACAUUUGGAGGAACGUUAUUUGGAAGCGAUGGUGAUGUUUCAUUCGGAAUUGGAAGUACUUAGAGACAGAUACAACGAGGAGAGACAGACGCCACAGCUACCGAGAAAUAUGCCGCCAGUUACUGGUAGGAUUAUGUGGAUCAGGCAAUUUUAUAGCAGAAUCGAAGAGCCUAUGAAUAUAUUUAGGACCAAAGAGAGAGUAAUGCGUCACAGGAAAGUCCAAAAAUGCAUCCAAUUGUUCAACGCCAUGUCGAUGGUGUUCGUUCAUUAUGAAAAUAUUUACCAUAAGGCGUGGUUUACUUUUGCCGGACAAGUUCGUAACUGUUUGUUGGUUCCUAUUUUGACGAAACAUCCCAAAACUAAAAGAUAUCAAGUCAAUUUCGAUAAUUAUAUCAUUGAAGUUAUUAGAGAAACGGAAUAUACUUACAAACUUGGAUUACCGGUACCAGACGUAGGACAGGUAUUGGUAUUUUGCAAAGAAAAAAUUCUCAAUUCUUACGAAAUCGUGAAAGCUCUCAUCCUACGAAACGAUGAAAUCAGAAUGAACAUACCCCUUUUGUUUUUACCUAUGAUGCGGCCGCACCUUUUGAAAAUGGAAGACGCUUUCAUGCCGGGAUUUUCGACAAUUACUUGGACUUCUAUGGGAAUCCCAGAAUUUUGCGACAAGGUUACAAGCAUUUUGGACUACGUUGAAAUAUUCGUCAAAGAAGUAAAGGAUAUGAAAGAGGCCCGAAUCGAUGAAGUGCUUGAAACUAUAACUAGAACAAAUUUGGCGUAUCUUCCACCCGAUGCUAUCAGUCCCGCUGAUUAUUUGCAAGAAAAUAUUAACCAUAGGAAACAAAUAAUAAAAGAAUUGCAAUUGAAAUCGUAUUCCGUGGAACGUUGUGUGAUCGAAUUGAUCAACAAGUUUUUGAGUGUUAUCGACGAACCGAGAUUCCAGAAAAAUAAAUAUAAUUGGUUGGACGCAGAAAAGGUUUUGAAAGCUAGCGGAUCAGCAACUAAUUUAUUAAUGAACGAGGAUGCAGCUUUCAAAGAAAUUGACCGAACUUAUACCAAAGAAUUGAGCGCAAUUCACGACGAUUGCAUGGAAAUGUUCAUGUUCUUUAAUAUGAGACUUGUUGAUGCUUUUAUAAAAGCUACUAAAUGGUCUUUGGAACAAGUCAAAUUAAGAGCUACGAGCUGAAGCAACCAAGAUCUCAGAGAGCUCAGACCUUUGAUGUUUACAAGUAUGAUACUUCAAAUACCGUUUAACAUGAUCAAUCCUUCUCUAGAUCAAAUUCAGAACUUUUUUUCGCAAGUUUUAACAGUCGUCUUGGAUACUCAUAAAUAUAUUCAGAUGUGGGGUCAAGAAUUCAAAAAGAAAUCGGCUAUGAAAUCUGUCAAAGACAAAGAAGAAGUUGAGUUACCGAAAAACAAGAAUUACUAUAAGUUAGUAAACGAGCACAAAGAAGUCGUUAGAGUUUAUAUGAGUUUACAGGGUGUUAUGUUUUUAUUGCAACCGGACGUUGAAAAUAUAUUGCAGCAAUAUUUGGAAUACAAUUAUCUUUGGGCCGAAGACAGAGAUGAACAAGUACAAAUUUUCUGCGAUAAAGGACCUUUGAUUGUUGAAAUUUCGGAAAAAUUCAAGGAAUACGACGCUAGAGCUGAAUCUAUCAGGCAGUUACCGGAAAAACAUGAUAUUGGCGCCUUGCAAAUUUUAAUGGAUCAGUACAAAAUGGCGCUUUUGGUGGAAUCUGACGCUUGGAAACAUAUUAUGGGUAAAAAAUUGUGCGACAAUUAUAGGGAAAAAUUGAAUAAAAUGGUCGAUUUCAUAAAAGCUCAAGAAAAGAUUCUGAAUAAGCCCAUUACUGAUUUGGACGAUUGCAGAGUUGCUAUGUUAUGUCUGGAAGUGAUAAGAGAGAAUUUCAUCGAAAUGGACAUGGAUCUGGGUCUUAUAGAAGACGCAUUUGCUACAUUCAACCGAUUCCACAUUGACGUAUCCAAAGAUGAUACGGAACGUGUCGAAUCUUUAAGAUUCAAUUUUCAAAAUAUGGUCAAUCAUUCAAAAGCCGUUCAAGAAGAUAUUUGCAACGUCCAAGGUCCUUUAUUGGAAGAAUUAACCGCGGGAGUCGCUAAAUUCAAAGACGAAGUCGAACAAUUUGAUAUCGACUUCGAAGAAAGAGGCCCGAUGAUACCGGGUCUGGCAGCUAGAGAGGCUAGCGAUAGGGUCUUAGCUUUCCAAGAUAGAUUCGAUGAAUUAUGGAGGAAAUUUGAAAUGUAUAGUAGCGGCGAAAGGUUAUUUGGACUAGAAGUAAACGAUUAUCCCAUAUUACACAAGAGAAAGAAGGAAUUUAACUUGUUGAAUAAAUUGUACGGGUUAUAUUUGGCGGUUAAUCAUAGUAUCGAUGGUUAUUUCGAUAUACCUUGGAGUGACGUCGAUAUUGAAGUCAUAUUUGCGGAGCUACAGGACUUUCAGAAUAGGUGCAGAAAAUUGCCCAAGGGUAUGAAAGAUUGGCCCGCCUUCAUCGAACUCAAAAAUAAAAUAGACGAUUUCAACGAAACUUGUCCUUUAUUGGAAUUAAUGGCUAACAAGGCAAUGAAAGAAAGACAUUGGAAACGUCUGACAAACUUGACUGGCUAUCAUUUCGAUAUAGAUUCGCCGUCGUUCACGUUGAAGAACGUUAUGGAAGCACCCCUAUUGAAAUAUAAAGACGACGUGGAAGAUAUCUGCAUAAGUGCCGUCAAAGAAAAAGACAUAGAAGCUAAAUUGAAACAAGUUAUAGCCGAUUGGGCUAUAGUGGAACUUUCUUUCGCGAACUUCAAGACCAGGGGAGAGUUGUUGCUGAAAGGUCAAGAAACCGGUGAGAUUAUCACGGUUCUUGAAGAUAGUUUGAUGAUUAUGAAUUCGCUAUUGAGCAACAGAUACAACGCACCUUUUAAAAAAGAUAUAGCGCUCUGGGUUCACAAAUUGGUAGAUACUUCGGAGAUUUUGGAAAAAUGGUUGAUUGUACAAAACUUAUGGGUGUAUUUGGAGGCGGUGUUCGUGGGAGGUGACAUAGCAAGGCAAUUACCGGCAGAAGCUAAACGAUUUAGCAACAUCGAUAAAUCGUGGAUGAAGAUAAUGGCGAGGGCUCACGAAACUCCCAACGCUGUUGAGUGUUGUACCGGCGACGAAACAAUGGGUCAACUCCUACCGCAUUUAUUAGAACAAUUAGAAACAUGUCAAAAAAGUUUGACUGGAUAUUUGGAAUCGAAAAGAUUAUGUUUUCCCCGAUUCUUUUUUAUAUCAGAUCCAGUUUUGUUGGAAAUAUUGGGUCAGAGCUCGGAUCCGUCUUCCAUUCAACCGCAUUUGCUCAGUCUUUUCGAUGCAGUUUGUAAGGUUGAUUUCGACGAAAAAAAAUCCGACGUCAUUGUAGCGAUGAAUUCGGAUCUGGGUGAGAAAAUAAUGCUGGAAAAAAGUGUAGUAUGUCAAGGAGGAGUGGAAUUAUGGUUGAACGCGUUGUUGAACGGCGUUAGGGAAACUGUUAAAAAUGUAUUAGCAGUACAAUGUCAAUGUUUCAACGAUCCCGAUUACGAUUUUAUCGCUGGUUUCGUAAAUUUUUGCGGACAGGCUGGUCUAGUUGGUGUACAAGUAUUGUGGACCAGCGAAUCGGAAGUGGCUAUAAAGAAAGCCAAAGUAGAUAGAAUGGCGAUGAAAAUAACCAAUCAAAGAUUUCUCGAUCUUUUGAAUUCCCUUAUAGAUUUGACGUCCAAAGAUUUAACGAAAAUGCAGAGAAUUCGUUUCGAAACUAUGGUUACCAUACACGUACAUCAAAGGGAUAUUUUCGAUAACAUUUGCAAACUGAAAGUGAAAAAUAUAUUGGAUUUCGAGUGGCAAGCACAAACUCGAUUCUAUUAUUACGAUGAAACUGAUGAUAUCGAUGUUAAAAUUACAGAUGUAAUUUUCCUAUAUCAAAAUGAGUAUCUUGGAAUCACGGAACGAUUAGCUAUUACUCCUUUAACUGAUAGGUGCUAUAUAACUUUGGCGCAAGCGAUUUGGAUCAAUAUGGGAGGCGCUCCAGCGGGUCCAGCGGGAACUGGAAAAACGGAAACUACCAAAGAUAUGGGAAGAACCUUAGGAAAAUUUGUUGUUGUUUUUAACUGUUCGGAUCAAAUGGAUUUCCGAGGACUUGGAAGAAUUUUUAAGGGUCUCGCCCAAUCUGGCACAUGGGGAUGUUUCGACGAAUUCAAUAGAAUUGAAUUACCGGUACUGUCUGUAGCUGCACAACAAAUCUACAUUGUAUUGGAAGCACGAAAAGCGAGAAAACCGAUAUUCGUUUUCAUGGAUGGAGACAACGUCAGUAUGAACAUCGAAUUCGGUAUAUUUUUGACAAUGAAUCCCGGUUACGCUGGUAGACAAGAACUUCCGGAAAAUUUGAAAAUAAUGUUUAGAAGUGUUGCUAUGAUGGUACCCGAUAGACAGAUAAUUAUACGAGUCAAAUUAGCCUCGUGCGGUUUCAAGGACAACGUUUAUCUUUCGAAGAAAUUUUAUACGUUAUAUCAAUUGUGCGAAGAGCAAUUGUCCAAACAAGUUCAUUACGAUUUUGGGCUUCGUAAUAUUUUAUCCGUUUUAAGAACUUUGGGUGCACAAAAGCGCGCGAAUCCCGCCGAAACUGAGGAAGUUGUAGUUAUGAGAGUUUUAAGAGAUAUGAAUCUAAGUAAACUAAUCGAUGAAGACGAACCGUUAUUUUUAUCUUUAAUCGAAGACAUGUUUCCCGGUAUAAAAUUGACGACGAAAUCGUGGAAAGACUUGCAGAAAGCGGUCACUCAUAUUUGCGACGAAUUAGGUUUGGUCAACUAUCCUUCGUGGAACUUGAAAGUGGUGCAAUUGUACGAAACGUCGCUCGUACGGCACGGACUCAUGGUAUUAGGUCCUACAGGUGCUGGAAAGACAAAAUGUAUGUUGACGUUGAUGAAAUCUUUGACGGAAAUGGGACAGCCACACAGAGAAUUACGUAUGAAUCCCAAAGCUAUAACAGCGCCACAAAUGUUCGGAAGAUUGGAUGUCGCUACCAACGAUUGGACCGAUGGAAUAUUCUCAACUUUAUGGAGGAGAACUUUGAAAUUUAAGAAAACUGAUUUCUGUUGGCUAAUUCUGGACGGUCCAGUCGACGCGGUGUGGAUAGAAAAUCUAAAUUCCGUCUUGGACGAUAACAAAACUUUGACUUUAGCUAACGGCGAUCGUAUAGUAAUGGCGAACAAUUGUAAAUUAGUAUUCGAACCGGAUAACGUUGAUAACGCCAGUCCUGCUACCGUUUCUCGCAUGGGAAUGGUCUUUAUGAGUUCGUCUGUUCUUCCUUGGUCACCUAUAUUGGAAGCUUGGUUGAAAACCAGAUCUACGCAAGAAGCCGAUUCGAUAAGGAAUCACUUUAACAGAUGCUACGACGAUCUACACACUUAUGUCCAAGCUAGAUUGAAAGCUAAGAUGUUCGUUAGGGAGGCGUUGUAUAUAAGACAGAGCUGCGAUGUUCUGCAAGGAAUUUUGGAUAUAUCCGAGGAAUCGAAAGUUUGGAAUGACAAACAAAUCGAACGCAUGGUUUUAUUUUCGAUAAUGUGGUCGUUGGGUUCGUUGUUGGAAUUGGAAGAUAGACAAAAAUUGGAAGAGUUCGCCGUUUCGCAUCCGUCUAAAAUGGAUUGGCCUAAAGUGCAAGAAAACGAAACUAUAUUCGAGUUCGUCGUGAAUCCGGACAAUGGAAGGUGGGAGCAUUGGACUGUCAGAGUGGAACCGUUUAUAUAUCCUCCGGAUACUGUCUUGGAAUUCACGAGCAUUCUUGUACCUAACGUAGAUAAUGUGAGAACAGCGUUUCUUAUACAUACUAUAGCGAAACAAUCGAAGGCUGUAUUGUUGAUUGGCGAACCAGGAACCGCGAAAACUGUAAUGAUAAAAGGAUAUUGUUCAACAUUCGAUCCAGAAUUCAAGUUGAACAAAUGCUUCAAUUUUUCUUCUGCGACAACACCUAAUAUGGUUCAGAGAAUUAUCGAAUCCUACGUCGACAAAAGAGUUGGUACAACAUAUGGACCGCCAGCUGGUAAAACUUUGACCGUUUUUAUUGACGACAUUAAUAUGCCUGUAAUUAAUGAUUGGGGCGAUCAAAUAACGAACGAAAUCGUUAGGCAGUGUAUGGAAACAGGAGGUUUCUAUAGUUUGGAUAAACCCGGCGAUUUCUCUGUGAUAGCCGAUGUGAUGUUUCUGGCGGCAAUGAUUCAUCCCGGAGGCGGAAGAAACGACAUACCUCAUAGACUCAAGAGGCAAUUUUGCAUUUUCAAUUGUACUUUACCCAGCACAUCAGCUAUGGACGUAAUUUUCAGUCAAAUAGCUUGCGGAUAUUUCUGUUUGGAACGAUUCAAUGAAGAAAUAUCCGAAUUUAUACCGAAACUUGUACCGCUCACAAGACACUUGUGGCAAAAUACCAAGAAAAAGAUGCUACCGACCCCCGCGAAAUUCCAUUACGUAUUUAAUCUUCGAGACCUUUCGAGAAUAUGGCAGGGAAUAUUGACGGUGCAAGUUCUAGAAUGUCCCGAUAAAGCUAAAAUGCUUAAAUUGUGGAGACAUGAAUGCACGAGGGUUAUAUCCGAUCGUUUUACUGAAGAUUCCGAUCGUGAAUGGUUCACGAAAGCGUUGAGAAAGCAAGCGGAAGAAGAACUCGGCGAUGAUCUUGAAUUUUAUCCGGAAGAAGAAACUUUUUGGGUAGAUUUUCUCAGGGAACCACCCGAAGCGACUGGGGACGAACCGGAAGAUUUUUGCUUCGACGCUCCUAAAAUAUACGAGGAGAUACCGAGCUGGGAAUUUCUCAAAGAAAAAUUAUUAACUUUUAUGGCUUCGUAUAACGACGCUAUUCGAGGUAGUCCAAUGGAUAUGGUGUUUUUCCAUGACGCCAUGGUGCACUUGAUGAUCAUUUCUAGAAUAAUCAGAACGCCACGCGGUAACGCUUUUCUUGUUGGUGUUGGUGGUUCGGGAAAACAGAGUUUGACACGUCUAUCUACUUUUAUGGCUAAUUACGAAAGUUUCCAGAUACAACUCACAAGAUCUUACAACGUGGGUAAUUUAAUGGACGAUAUGAGAAUUUUGUACCGAGCCGCCGGUUUAGACGGCAAAGGAAUGACUUUCAUAUUCACCGACAACGAAAUUAAAGAAGAAACCUUCUUGGAGAGCGUCAAUAAUAUCCUAAGCUCCGGCGAAAUUGCAAAUCUCUUCGCCAAAGAUGAAUUAGACGAGAUACAAUCUGAACUGAUUCCUAUUAUGAAGAAAAUUUUACCGAAAAAACCUCCUACCGUAGAGAAUCUCUAUGAUUUCUUCAUAACUAGAGCUAGAAGUAAUUUGCAUGUCACUUUAUGUUUUUCACCAGUCGGAGAAAAAUUUAGGAGUCGCGCACUGAAAUUCCCCGGAUUAAUAUCAGGCUGCACCAUAGAUUGGUUCAGCAAAUGGCCGGAAGAUGCUCUGAUAGAAGUAUCGUCGCAUUUUCUUCAAAAGUAUAACGUCGUCUCAACUCCGGAGGUGAAACUAGAACUCAUAGAAAUAAUGGCAGAAAUUCACGACGGCGUCAGCAAUUUUUGCGAAGAAUAUUACAACAGGUUCCGACGAAGGACUUACGUGACCCCGAAAACGUUCAUAUCGUUCUUGGCGGCGUAUAAAGUUUUAUAUAAGAUAAAACUUGAUGAAAUCGGAGUGUUGGCCCAAAGGAUGAAAACGGGAUUGAAAAAAUUGGUUGAAGCUGCCGCUAGCGUCGACGAAUUGCGCAAAGAAUUGGCGGUAAAAGAAAUUGAAAUGGAAGCUGCGACCGAAAAAGCCGAAGGGGUAUUAGAGGAAGUGAUGGCAGCUUCAGAAAUCGCCAAUAAAAUUAAAGAAGAAGCAUUGGUGGUAAAAGAUAGAGCAGAAAAUCUAGUGGCUCUCAUAAGCGUCGAUCAAAAAGAAGCCGAAAGUAAAUUGAUGGCUGCUAAACCGGCACUCGACGCAGCCGAAGCUGCUUUACUAACUAUAAAAGCGGCAGAUAUAGCAACCGUACGAAAAUUGGGUAAACCUCCUUAUUUGAUUUUACUUAUUAUGGAUUGCGUUUUGAUUUAUUUCAAGAGAAAAUUGGAACCCGUUAAACCGGAUCCAGAAAAAACUUUUUUGCUUCCAUCUUGGGCCGAAUCUUUAAAAGUGAUGGCCGAAUCAGCAUUCUUAAAAAAGUUACAAGACUAUCCGAAAGAUACCAUAAAUGCCGAAAUAAUAGAUUUACUCAUACCGUACUUUAAUUAUCCCAUUUAUACUUACGAAGCUGCUAAAACGGCUUGUGGUAAUGUAGCAGGUCUAAUUUCUUGGACUUUGGCUAUGGCAUCCUUUUUUGACGUAAACAGAGAGGUUUUACCUUUGAAGGCGAAUCUAGCAAUUCAACAGGCGAAACUUACUAGAGCUCAAGACGAACUUGAAAGCGCUAUGGAGCUAUUGCGGACAAAAGAAGAAGAAGUAAGACAAUGUCAGGAACAAUACGAAGAAGCAAUGACUUUUAAACAGAAAAUCUUUGAUGAAGCUAUGAAAGUGAAAAAUAAAAUGGACGCCGCCACAGCGCUUAUAGACGGAUUGGCGGGCGAGAGAGUGAGAUGGACUGAUCAACUGGCUCAAUUCAAAGCUGAAACCGAGCGACUUGUCGGCGAUGUGAUUCUCCUAACUGGUUUCUUGGGAUACACCGGUCCCUUUAAUCAAGAAUUCAGACAGUUGAUGCAACAAUCGUGGAUCGAUUCAUUGGUUAGACGUAAAAUGCCGGUUACUUUGAGUCUCAAUAUUAUCGAUAGUUUAACUGAUUCGGCUACGAUCGGCGAAUGGAAUCUUCAAGGUUUGCCUAACGAUGAUUUGUCCGUCGAAAAUGGUAUUAUCGUAACUUCGGCAUCGAGGUAUCCGCUUUUGAUCGACCCACAGAGUCAAGGGAAAUUUUGGAUCAAAGAGAAAGAGAAGGAUAACCAUUUGAUUGUUACCACUUUGGGUCACAAAUACUUUAGAAAUCAAUUGGAAGACGCCGUUUCAUUGGGAUAUCCGAUGAUAAUAGAAGAUAUCGCCGAAGAUCUGGAUCCAGUAUUAGACAAUGUAAUGGAGAAGAAUCACAUUAAAGUUGGUACGACGUUAAAAGUUAAAUUGGGCGAUAAAGAAGUCGAUUAUAAUCAUAGUUUCAAAUUGUACAUUACAACUCGUUUGGCUAAUCCCAAAUAUACACCAGAAAUAUUUGCCCGAGCUUCUAUAAUUGAUUUUACUGUAACAAUGAAAGGUUUGGAAGAUCAAUUAUUAGGUCGGGUGAUUUUGACGGAAAAGAAAGAAUUGGAACAAGAACGAACGAAUUUGAUAAAAGACGUAACCGCAAAUAAAAGAAAAAUGUUGGAGCUCGAACAAAAUCUGUUAUAUAAAUUGACCACGACGCAAGGGUCUCUCUUAGACGACGAAUCAGUGAUAACAGUAUUGAACGUUACUAAAACUACAGCUAACGAAGUGAAAGAAAAAUUAUCCAUCGCCAAGGAAACGGAAAUUAAAAUAAAUUUAGCUAGAGAAGAAUUUAGACCGAUUGCAGCCAGAGGAAGCGUUCUGUAUUUUUUGGUAGUAUCAAUGUCUAUGGUGAAUUACAUGUACCAAACGUCAUUGGUGCAAUUUUUGGAACGAUUUGACUUGUCUAUGUACCGAUCUGAAAAAUCUCCAAUAAUAUCCAGACGAAUCGUAAAUAUAAUCGAUUAUCUUACAUUCGAAAUAUUCAAAUAUAAAAGUAGGGGCUUAUACGAGGAGCACAAAUAUAUGUUCGUAUUAUUGAUGUGCCUGAGAAUCGAUCUCGAUAGAGAAACUAUAACCCACGACGAAUUUCAAAAUUUCAUCAAAGGUGGCGCCGCUCUCGACCUGAACGCCUGUCCGCCGAAACCGGCUAAAUGGAUAACGGAUAUGACUUGGUUGAAUUUGGUGGCGUUAUCGAAACUGAGACAUUUCCAAUAUAUCGUUCAACAGGUAACUGUAAAUGAUAGACAGUGGAAAUUGUGGUUUGACAAAGACGCUCCAGAAGAAAGUAUAAUACCAGACGGUUACAACAGUUUAGAUACAUUUAGAAAAUUAUUGAUGAUAAGGUCGUGGUGUCCAGAUAGAACAAUCACCCAAAGUAGAAAAUAUAUAGCGAGUUCUCUUGGUCAAAGAUUCGCCGAACCGGUUAUAUUGAACAUGGAAGUCCUUUUCAACGAAUCUAGACCGUUGACGCCGAUCAUAUGCUUCCUAAGUAUUGGAUCUGAUCCUACGCCGUACAUUGAACAAUUAGCUAAAAAAUUGGAAUUAAAAUGCAAAUCUAUAUCGAUGGGUCAAGGACAAGAAAUCCACGCGAGGAAGCUCAUGUACGCGGCACAAACCGAAGGAUUUUGGGCGUUACUUCAAAACUGCCACUUGUCACUGGACUACAUGAACGAAGUUUUACUCCAAUUUUUGGAUUUGGAGAAAGGUAUAGGAUCCGUACACCCGGAUUUCCGCUUGUGGAUUACGACGGAAGUCAACGAUCACUUCCCCAUAAGUUUAUUACAAAUUUGCAUCAAAUUUACCAACGAACCUCCAUCGGGAAUAAGAGCCGGUUUACUCAGAACGUACACUUCGAUGAAUCAAGAUUUGUUGGAUUAUUCAGACGCUUGGCAGUAUAUUCCUUUGGUGUACGCCAUUUCUUUUUUACAUACCGUCGUACAAGAAAGAAGAAAGUUCGGACCUUUAGGCUGGAAUAUACCGUACGAGUUCAAUUCGGCCGACUGGUUAUCUAGCGUACUAUUCCUACAAAAUCACUUGGACGAUCUGGAUCCGAAAAGGGGGAUCAGUUGGCAGACUUUAAGGUACAUGCUGGGUGAGGUCCAUUAUGGAGGUAGAGUGACAGAUGAUUUUGACAAGAAACUCCUAAAUACGUUUUGCAAAGUUUGGUUUAGUGAUAGCGUAUUUAAUGACGAUUUUAUGUUCUACAAAGGUUACAAAAUCGUUAAAUUUAAAUCUGUUGCCGAUUAUGUAGCUCAUAUAGAUGGAUUCGCGCCUACGGAUCCCCCUCAAGCUUACGGAUUGCAUUCUAACGCCGAUAUUACGUAUCAAACGAACACUACGAUAGCUAUGUUCGAUUAUAUGUUGGCAAUUCAACCGAAAGAAUCUGGAGGUAGUGGUGGAGAAUCACGAGAAGCCGUAGUGCAACGGCAAGCGAAAGAUAUGCUUAGUAAGCUACCUGAUAACUACGAUCCAUUUGAAGUACGGGAAAGAUUGAGAAUAAUGGGUCUUUUGAAUUCUCUCAACAUCUUUUUGAGACAAGAAAUAGACAGAAUGCAAAAAGUUAUCUCAGUAGUAAGAGCUACAUUACGAGAUUUACUUUUAGCUAUCGAAGGUACAAUAAUUAUGAGUGAGGCGCUCGGAGACGCGCUCGAUAUGAUUUACGACGCUAAAGUCCCUAAUAUUUGGUUACGACCAUCGUGGAUCGCCAGUACUUUGGGUUUCUGGUUUACGGAAUUGAUCGAAAGGGAUAACCAAUUUAGAAUUUGGUGUUUCACAGGAAGACCUACCAGUUUUUGGAUGGCGGGCUUCUUCAAUCCACAAGGUUUUUUGACUGCAAUGAAACAGGAAGUCGCCAGAGCGCAUAAAGGCUGGGCUUUAGACAACGUCAAACUAUUUAACGAAGUUACGAAACUUGUUCGUGAAGAAGUUACAGCUGGACCACCGGAAGGAGUUUAUGUAUAUGGGUUGUUUUUGGACGGGGCCGGUUGGGAUAGGAAACAUUCCCGUCUUGCCGAAUCGAUAAAUAAAGUUUUGUACACGAUGAUACCAGUAGUACAUAUAUACGCUUUAUACAACGUAGAAAUUAAAACAACUACUCUCUACGUGUGUCCUGUUUAUAAGAAAUCGAGAAGAACUGGAUUGAAUUACAUCACAAUUUUAUAUUUGAACACGGCCAAACCUCCCGAACAUUGGUGUCUAAGAGGAGUUGCAUUGCUUUGCGACAUUCAAUAA